AUGCUCAAAUCAGAACUUGGCAAUCCUUCCCGAUCCUUUGACAAACCUCGAUUUAAAUUUUCCAGCUCCGACAGCACCAUCGGGAAUGAAUUGUUAUCAAACCAUGACAAUAAUAGAGUCGAUAAAAAUCGAAUUCAUUUACUCAUUGGUGUCACUGGAUCUGUGGCUGCUAUUAAAGUGCCAGAACUUAUUCAAAGAUUAAAUUUAGAAAAUUUAUUUAAAAUUCGGAUCAUUCUCACGCAAGGAGCACAACAUUUUGUAACAAGAGAGGAAAUACAAAAGAUAGAUCCUUCCGUAGAAUGUUACACAGACGAAAAUGAGUGGCAAUUAUGGAGUAAAAAGGGAGAUCCUGUCUUACAUAUUGAACUUCGAAAAUGGGCUGACAUUCUCGCCAUUGUUCCCUUAGAUUGCAACACUCUUGCAAAAAUAUCGAAUGGAAUUUGUGACAAUUUAAUUACGUGCGUAGCGAGAGCUUGGAAUAUUAAGACAUCACCUUUUAUUGUUGCACCAGCAAUGAAUACGCUCAUGUGGGAGCAUCCUUUCACGUCUAGACAACUCUCCAUUCUAGAAAAUGAGCUGGGUGUGUACAUUAUUGAGCCCGUUUCAAAAUUGUUGGCUUGUGGGGAUGUAGGUAAUGGAGCUUUGACUACUGUAGAAACAAUUGUUGAACAAAUCAAAGCAGUUGUCACAACGGAAUAA